GCACUCUCUGGAGAACCCAGCACCGGGCUUUACCUGCCAUUACACACGCAAAUAGCCCACCCUACCUACACCUCACAUGAUCAAUACCAGAGCUCACUGGGUUCUAGAGUAUCUCUCUCACUGACACACCAGAGGAGGAAUUCCAAGUCACCAGCAGAGUUCCUUCUUGGUCCGGUGGCCAACCCUUAGUUGGCAUCAACACCGCAAGCCCAGGCCCACCUCUCCUCGCCAAUGAUGCAGUAGGAUUUCCCGCCUAAAGUGAAGACCAAUCAGAAGGAUUGCUUUGCCAUUCAAGGAAGAUGGCCCAUCACGAUUGGGGGCUCAGCCCGCGGCCCCGCCCUGGAGCUGUUGGAACCAAUGGCAGUCAUGCAGAUGAUGAGCCAAUCAGGACCUGGCAUACUGCGUGGCAGUCGGCAGUUGAGCGUGGAGCGUUGAACUGAGAGAAGGUGAGAAGGCAACGUGCUACCAGGAGGAAGUUAUCAUGCGCGAGUGUAUCUCUAUCCACGUGGGGCAGGCAGGUGUCCAGAUCGGCAAUGCCUGCUGGGAACUGUACUGCCUUGAACAUGGAAUUCAGCCCGAUGGUCAGAUGCCAAGUGACAAAACCAUUGGCGGCGGGGAUGACUCGUUCAACACGUUCUUCAGCGAAACCGGGGCUGGCAAGCACGUGCCCAGAGCGGUGUUUGUGGACCUGGAGCCCACCGUGGUUGAUGAAGUGCGCACAGGGACCUACAGGCAGCUCUUCCACCCGGAACAGCUGAUCACUGGGAAGGAAGAUGCCGCCAAUAAUUAUGCCAGAGGCCAUUACACCAUUGGCAAGGAGAUUGUAGACCUGGUCCUGGACCGGAUCCGCAAACUGGCGGAUCUGUGCACAGGACUGCAGGGCUUCCUCAUCUUCCACAGCUUCGGGGGCGGCACGGGCUCCGGGUUUGCUUCUCUGCUCAUGGAGCGGCUGUCAGUGGACUAUGGCAAGAAGUCCAAGCUGGAAUUUGCCAUCUACCCAGCUCCGCAGGUUUCCACAGCCGUGGUAGAGCCCUACAACUCCAUCCUGACCACCCACACGACCCUCGAGCACUCCGACUGUGCCUUCAUGGUGGACAACGAAGCCAUCUAUGACAUCUGUCGGCGCAACCUGGACAUCGAGCGGCCCACGUACACCAACCUCAAUCGUCUCAUUGGGCAGAUCGUGUCCUCCAUCACGGCCUCCCUGCGGUUCGAUGGGGCCCUGAACGUGGAUCUGACGGAAUUCCAGACCAACCUGGUGCCAUACCCCCGCAUCCACUUCCCCCUGGCCACUUAUGCCCCAGUCAUCUCGGCGGAGAAAGCCUAUCAUGAGCAGCUUUCGGUGGCCGAGAUCACCAAUGCCUGCUUUGAGCCGGCCAACCAGAUGGUGAAAUGUGACCCUCGCCAUGGCAAGUACAUGGCCUGCUGCAUGUUGUACAGGGGGGACGUGGUCCCAAAAGAUGUCAAUGCGGCCAUCGCCACCAUCAAGACCAAGCGCACUAUCCAGUUUGUGGAUUGGUGCCCCACUGGGUUUAAGGUGGGCAUUAACUACCAGCCCCCCACAGUGGUGCCUGGAGGAGACCUGGCCAAGGUGCAGCGGGCUUUGUGCAUGCUGAGCAACACCACUGCCAUUGCUGAGGCCUGGGCCCGCCUGGACCAUAAGUUCGACCUCAUGUAUGCCAAGCGGGCCUUUGUGCACUGGUAUGUGGGCGAAGGCAUGGAGGAAGGGGAAUUCUCAGAGGCCCGAGAGGACCUGGCAGCGCUGGAGAAGGAUUAUGAAGAGGUGGGCGUGGAUUCUGUGGAAGCAGAGGCUGAAGAAGGGGAAGAAUAUUGAGUGGAAAGAUGAGACUGGCAUGCAUGCCUUGUCAACUCUUCUGCCACCCCUCAGCAUAGGUGCCUUCACAUUGUUUACAAUUAAAGUUUCAGUAUAAACCCUAAA